AUGCCUGUUGUUAGAAAUAACCCUUACGGGCGCAACAAGAAGAAACCUGUCGCCUGCCACCGAUGCCACUCUCACAAGGUCAAGUGCUCCGGCGAACAGCCUUGCGCUAGAUGCAGUCAGGCCGGAUGUGGAGACGAGUGUCAAUAUACCUUACGUGAUCGGAAGCUCAAGGUUAAUGAAAGUUAUAUCGACCAACUUCUCUCAGAAAACACUCGGCUGAAAGAGCAGAUUCGUACUUCAUACACACCCAACCCUUCUCCAGCAAGUACCGCGGACACUACAGCACCACCACCACCACCAGAAUCCUAUCCUUCACUCCAAAAUCCUCUGUUUGGAGAGCGGGCUUGGUUCUACCCGUAUGACUCGAACGCUCCUCCAAUCUAUAUGGGGGAUGCUGCCUGCACCGCAUUUGCAACGCGGUUACGGCAGUUUCUCACAGAGGAUCCGAAUACUGCCCAUGUGGCACGUACUCAAUAUACCCCUGAGUCUUCCUUGCUGGAAGGUGAAUCUCAAUGGCCUAGCCUUGCUCAAGCCCGCUUACUAGUCAAGAUUGCUUUCAACCAACUUAGUCGUGUCUACCAUUUGUUCUUGCGCAAGUCCACUCUCGAGCAGCUGGAAAGUCUAUAUCGUCUACCGUCUCUGCGAGAUGACCCGGCCUUAACAUGCAAGUUCUUCUCUCUUUUUGCCUUGGGUGAGGUCUACUCUUCGCGGUCGAUUUCGUCGCCAACCAGCCGAGUGCCAGGGACAAGGUACUACGUACGUGCGAUGGGGAUAAUUCCAAUUCUACCGGAAAGACCGGGAUUGAUCCACGUGGAAAGCUUACUACUGCUGUCAUUAUACUCAUACUUCCUGAAUAGACGGCAUUCUGCCUAUAUACUAGUUGGAAGUGCCAUGCGCCUGGGGCUAUUCUUAGGGCUAAAUCAUAAUAUUCCUGCUCGGCAAUGCGCGGAUCCAACCGAGCGCGAACACCGUGUGCGCCUCUGGUGGGCUAUUUAUAUCUUUGACCGCAUGUACACGUCGAAAAUCGGGCUCCCUCUCCAGAUUCGCGACGACGAUAUCUAUGUUGAUCUCCCAGCAGCGGUUACCAGCCCCGACGCAGAAGAGCAAUUCUCUGAUACGGCAUAUCUAGUGUCUAGCAUCCGUUUGGCCCGUAUAGUCGGCCAGAUCGUAGAGAAAAUCUACACCCGCAAGCCACACCAGGAGUCAUUCCUACAACGAGAGCAGCAGUUACUUCUCGCGUUGCAGGAGUGGGUUCAGUCUCUGCCAGCACAUAUCAAAUUACCAGCUGUAGAGACUCCUCAGAAGCACGUCGUGUCUCUCCACUUGCAAUUCAACCAGUGUGUCAUAUUGGCCACUCGUCCGAUUCUCCUCCACGCCUUAUUCCAACAACGAGCCCACCGCGACAAUCAUGAAGACACCCCGCAGCCAGUCAUCACAUUGAGCGAGGCAUGCAUCCACGCUGCCCGGCAUUCUCAUACCCUGAUAACCGAGGAGUGGGUAAACGGGUCACUGCCAAUGUACGGGUACUUCUACGCACAGUACCUCUUCUCCUCCGCUAUCAUCCUGGUGAUGUCAGGCCUUCUGCCCUCGAUCGGCACGACGGCCGAUCUAGAAUUUCUGGAGACAGCCAUCGAGAUCCUUCGGCGAAUGAAAGACCAUGGUAAUCUUGCUGCGGCAGAGUUUUACGAAAACCUGAAGCGAGUAAAGCAGUGUUUACCGAGCGGCUCUGGAAAUAAUGCUAUCCCCCGCAGUUAUACGCCUGAGCAGUCCCGUCUCUCAGUUGGAGAUGCUGCUGCAAACGUGGACCACAUUUUAGAUUCGACCGCAGUUCCCGUUGUGGGCCUCACUACCGAAAUGGCGUUUCUGGAACCGACAAUGCAGGACUUCCUGGGCAGGACAAAUAAUGAGAUGGACCUUAUAAACCCGGGGGUGUUCUCGAUAGAAGACUCUACUGGCAUAGAUGCCUGGCCUACUACCUUCUGGACAUCAUGA